AUGGGUUCAAGAGAUCAAAACGAAAUCAAAGAGUGCUUCACACUGUUUGACAAAGAUGCAGAUGGUCAGAUAUCAUGCCAGGAGCUUGGUACAGUCAUCAGGUCACUCGGACAGAACCCAACAGAAGCAGAAGUUCAAGAAAUCAUUAAAAAUAUAAUCAGAAAAAAUUCAUUCAGCCUGUCUGAGUUGGUGCAAGUGAUGUCUAGGUUUUCGAGCGACCCCCGCAACAAGGAGGAGGAGAUCAGAGACGCCUUCAGAGUUUUUGACAGGGACAACACAGGUGUUAUAUCGGCAGCAGAAUUGAGGCAUGUGAUGACGAACAUCGGUGAGAAGUUACUGGAUAAAGAAGUUGAUGAGAUGAUCAGGGAGAUUGAUGUUGAUAAAGAUGGUCAAAUCAAUUAUGAAGGUUAG